UUGUGUAUGUAUUUUUAUUUGAUUAAAAUAAAAACAAAAUCAAUAAAACGGAAAACAAACAAAUUUUCUGCCGAAACAUAUUGCGAUACGCGACCAUUAAAUGGAUCAACCUAUUCAAACAAUGCAAUCACCAAAGAUUAAUAAUGAAGCGCCAACAGAAAACGCCACACCUGAAAGCGAAUUUGAAGGUUUCCAUAACUACACGGCUGCGGAAGUUUUUAUCCAGGGUCUAGCCGGAUUGGUGAAUCAGGGGGAUGUGGAGACUAUGAUACGCGCACAAAAGCAAAUGCUACAACGUUUUGAAAAAACGAAUGAAAUGAUGUUAAACUGUAAUCAGUUAUCACAAGGUCGACUAAAGAAUGCAAAUGACGACUUUAAGAAACAUGUCAAAUUAUUAACCGAAAUGAAGAAGGAUCUCGAUUAUAUUUUUCGUAAAGUGCGUUCCAUAAAGCAAAAACUUAGUCAGCAAUAUCCUUUAGCUUAUGCAGAAGCGCAGCCGCAGCGUAGUAGUUUAGCUGAAGAGGCAGAAGACGAGACUGAAGCAGCGGCUUUCCAAGAGCAACAAAAAGCAGAAAAUAGCGUUAACGCGUCAGAUAUAUCUUCAAAAAAGAAUACUGAUUCUUUAAAGAAAAGCACCACAGUCGAAUAUGUACAGAUGGAAGAGGCAGUGGACAAUGGUAAGCCCAUAGAAAAUGAAUUAAUUAAACGUGUAUGUUCUAUAGAGACGACAAACCCUAAUGAUUCUUCAGAUUGCACAUCUGAAGAUACAGGAUAAACAACAUUAAACUUUAGUCUUCAAUAUUUAUUUAAUUUAUUCCACAUUAGCUAAUAAUAUAAAUAAAUGUACAUACAUAAACUUAAAUUUAAUAAAUAUUACUCAGAAUA